AGAAAGUCUAAGGUUAUAUCCCCGAUUCAGUCCCUCAACUUUCAUUUUUGAACUAAAACUACCCUCAAACUUCAAAAAGUACUAAAAGUCUCCUUAAACUUCAAUUUUUGGGACCAAUUUCGUCCUUCCGUCGACGGAAAUAACAGAUUGCACGUUAAGUUGCCACAAAAUCAAUUCUUGUUUGAAAUCUUUAAUUACGUGGAAAAUAACUAGUCCACGUCAUCCCUCAUUACUCCGAUCAUCCUUCAUUACUCCGGUCAUCCCUCCGGUCAUCCCUCAUUGCUCCGAUCAUCUAUUACCACUCCAAUCACCAUCUACUUCUUCCCCAAACCUCCUCCCUAAUAGAACUCAAUAAAUUUGAUUCAAAAAAUCAAUUCCUCUACAAAUGUAUAUCAGAUCUGCAAAGAAAAAUGGAAAAAACACUACAUUCCUUCAAUCAACAUCAACAGUAACUAGAUCUGGAAAUUCAAGCAAUCAGAAACCACACAAAACUCUAAAUCCCAUUCAAGCAUGACUGUAAGCCAACAAAGAAACAGAACAAAAAAACCCAGGCGGGUUCGACUCAAACCCAGGCGCUGGGUUCGGAACCUAGCGCCUGGGUUCGAGGAACGUUCGAACCCAGGCGUGCUGGGUUCGAACGAACCCAAGCGUGCUGGUUCGAAUGAACCUAGGCGUCCUGGGUUCCCUCGAACCCAAGCGUCUUGGGUUCCAUCGAACCCAGGGCCUGGGUUCGAGGAACCCGCGCCUGGGUUCCAUGGAACCCAGGCGUGCUGGGUUUGAGGAACCCAGGCGUUGGUGCUGGGUUCCUUCGAACCCAGUAGGGGAGGGGAAGGAGAAAAGGAAAGAGAAGGAGAAAAAGAAAGGAAAGGAAAGAAAAAAAAAUUAUUUAU